AUGGAGGCCCUCAGGGCGAUUAUCGCCAAACAAAAAGAAAAGGCCAAAACGCUGCCGCGAGCAGCAGGCCGCUACAUAUCGCAGAAGGAGCUGCAGCAGCAGCAGCGCGAAGAAAAGCAGAAAGAAGAAGAGCUUUUCAAAAGGAGACAAAAGCAAAAAGAACUGGACUGUCUCCUCGAACUGCAAGAGCGUCUGGCGGCGAAGCGCUUUCGUUUGGCUCCAAACAAAGCCCAGGAAGAAAACGCAGAAGCGCAUGCAGCCCCAGAAGAGGCAACGCCUCCUGUAGAGACACCCGAAGUCUUCCGCAGACUUCGAGCCAUCAAACAGCCAGUGACUCUUUUUGGAGAAACUCCAUGGGAAAGAUAUCAGCGCCUUUGCCGGCUGGAGGUACAGCUGAUGGACGACGAAAUGCCGGAGGGGCAAAAGAACGUUUUUCUGUCUUUGCAAAAAGAGGCCGAAGAAGAAGAAGAGAUUUACAAAGGUGGUCAGCAAACAGAAGCUGCAUCAAAGGAGACAGAAAAGCCCGAAGGCCAAAUUCCAAAAGAAGAAACUAAAGAAGAUGUAGUAAUUAACUGGAUAAGAGAAAUGCUUUCUUUGUGGGAACAGGAACUCCGGGAAAAAUCCGAAGAAGAAAAGGCAACUCCCGAGGGCCGUCAGCAGGCGUCUAUACACCGCCAGACCAAAAAGGAUUUGCGGCCUUUAAUAAAAAGACUUCGACAGAGAGAUUUGGAGUUGGACAUUUUGGAGAAGCUUUUUGUAAUUGUGAAUUUGGCGAAAGAAAGAAAAUACAGAGAAGCUCAUGGCGCGUUUGUGCUGCUGGCCGUGGGCAACGCCCCCUGGCCCAUGGGGGUCACCAUGGUGGGCAUUCACGAGCGCGCGGGGCGCUCGAAACUGAACGUGAGCCAAGUCGCCCACAUCCUCAACGACGAAACCACCAGAAAGUUCAUUCAAAUGCUCAAAAGACUCCUUUCUUUCGCGCAAAGAAAGUUUCCAACGGACCCAUCGCAAACCGUUUUACUGUCUGUCCAUCAUGUCUAA